ACAACACUGAACACAGGCAAAUAGGUUCCCAUACUCUUGAAUUAGUUAUGUAAAUUUACGUAUAGAUAAUUUUCGAUUGUGAGUGUAUGAGAGAAAUAGGCAUAUUGAUCGUCCAGUUUAUAAACUUUAGUAAUCUUUAAUCAAACAAUCGGUUGAUAUUUUGUGACCGGUUUUAUAUUUUGACUGAUUUGUAUGGGAAUGGAUAGUAGUGCAUCGGAAGUCGUCAAGAUGGAAACACCAAUGUCAAAUGAUAGUGAAAAACUGUUCUCAGGUCAAAUACACUCAGAUUUUGGAUAUUACUUUAAUGAUGGAAAAAGAAAAAUUGAUUAUGUUUUGGUUUGGGAUGAACCAGUUAAUGAAACUAUAAUCAAUAAAGUGAAAAAAAUCAAUAGUAUUUAUCGAAAGACAUUUGAAGAUAAUUUGCAAACAAUCGGAGUACAAAUUGAGAAAGAGGAUGUCAAGAGCGAAAGCUUGAUGACUCAUUAUUUGAAGCUGCAUAUUCCUUGGGACUUAAUGUGCCAUCAUGCUGAAUGUCUAAACCUACGAGCUCCUCUUGAAGUGCAAAACACUAAAAUGAAAAACUGGUCUGAGAUUCUUUUGAAAACAGUUGGGAUUCCAUCUAUAAUGGCGCAAAAUGUUCCAAAUCCUCCACCUGAAUAUUAUACUUGUCCCUUUAAGAAAAGUAAACUAGAAAAAUUCAUUGGACAUGAUAAUCAAGAAUCAUAUUUCACCCCUACUCAAAGACAUCAGGUAGCAUAUGAUAUUUUAGCUACUCAAGCAUAUGGGAGCCGUGAAAAGGCACAAGUUGGAAUCGAUCGCCUUAUACAAGAAGAGGUUUACAACGCUGCGUACGCGAUUCAUGAGGGUCCAUAUGAAGUAGAUGAAGAGGAUUUAAAAAAUCCAGAAAAAAUGAAUCCACGUCAAAUUUUAUAUUGGUAUUGGGCAAGAUGGGGUUGUUGGUAUAGAUAUCAACCUCUGGAUCAUAUCAGAUAUUAUUUUGGAGAAAAAAUUGGUUUUUAUUUCGCUUGGCUUGGUUUAUACACUGCAUGGUUAUUACCAGCUGCAUUGGUCGGAAUCUUUGUUUUCAUAUAUGGACUUGUAACUAUAAAUGAUUAUGUUCCUGUGAAAGAAGCUUGUGAACGAGACACAGUUAUGUGUCCAACUUGUGAUAUCACCCACGGGUGUCGAUAUUGGAAUUUACGAGAGUUAUGUUUCUACUUGAAAAUGUCCUACUUAUUCGACCAUCCUGGUUCUGUAUUCUACGCUAUUUUUAUGGUAAUUUGGGGUGUUACAUAUUUAGAGUAUUGGAAGCGUAAAAAUGCUAAAUUAGCUCAUCGAUGGGAUGUGCUGGAUUAUGAAAUCGAAGAAGAACGACCGCGCCCACAAUACUCUGCCCACUGUACACAAUAUGCAAAAAAUCCCAUUACGGAUGUUCUUGAACCAUAUUUUCCUCCUCGUGCUCGUGUUGCUCGUAUUAUUGCUGGAUUGAUUUGUGUCAUGGUGAUGGUUAUGUUGGUAUUGGUAUUCAUAGUAGCUGUAAUUAUUUAUCGGUUUUUAAUAAAAAUUCCAUUAUUUCAAAAUAAACUACUUCGUUCCAAUGCAGAAAUAUACGCAACACUUUCAGCAGCUAUUGUAAAUCUUAUUUUGAUUAUGUGUUUGGGGAAAGUGUAUGAAACAUUAGCCUACAAAAUGACUCAAUGGGAGAUGCACCGAACUCAAAGUGAAUUUGACAACCAGCUGAUUUUUAAAGUUUUUCUAUUUCAAUUUGUGAAUUUCUAUUCAUCCAUAUUCUAUGUAGCAUUUUUCAAAGGACAAAUGGUUGGUUAUCCUGGUCAUUACACAUCCUUUUUCGGCCUACGUAACGAAGCAUGCGAUAACGGUGGUUGUUUGAUUGAAUUAGCCCAACAAUUACUUGUUAUAAUGGUUGGGAAACAAAUCAUUAGUAAUUGUCAAGAAAUUUUGCUUCCUAAACUACGUGCUUGGUUCCAUAAAUAUCGAAAGGGACUAAAUAAGAGGAAUGUUGCUUCAACUAGUGAUCUGAGCUCAGCGCAUAUAUUUAUUGAAGACUAUAAAUUAAUCCCAUAUGAAGGACUAUUUGAUGAAUAUCUUGAAAUGGUUCUUCAAUUCGGGUUCAUUACAAUCUUUGUGGCUGCCUUUCCACUAGCCCCAUUCUUUGCGUUACUUAACAAUUGGAUUGAAAUUCGUUUAGAUGCCAAAAAAUUAGUAUGUGAAACACGUAGACCAUUGGCGGAACGAGCACAAAAUAUAGGCGUUUGGUUUAGAAUAUUAGAGUUUCUUGUUCGAUUGGCUGUAAUUUCAAAUGCCUUCAUCAUUGCAUUCAGGUCAAGUUUUCUUCCUGAACUCAUGUAUAAACAUGAAGUUAGAAGCGAUUUAGUAGGAUUUACUAAUUUUACUCUAGCGUGGGCUCCUCCGAAUACUACAUCACAACCAUGCAGGUAUAAAGCUUUUCGGGAUAAUAAUGGUGAAUAUUCGAUGUUUUUCUGGAGACUUUUGGCUCUCCGUCUAGCGUUCGUAAUCGUUUUCGAGCACGUGGCAUUUGUUUUGGCGAACGCUCUAGAUUUCUUCAUCCCAGAUGUUCCAAGUAGUUUGAAAGAACGUAUUCAACGAGAACGAUUCCUGGCAAAGCAAGCCCUUCUGGAUAUUAGUUUGGUAAAUUCACCUAUGAUCGAAAGUAUAUUUCUAUUUACUAUCAUUCAUUAUCGUUAUGUAGGAAAUACUGGUGUACAUUAUGGUUGAAGAAAUAAGUGUUUACUACUUCAACAUUAUUUUCCUCAACAUCUAUUUGUCUUCAGAACCUGCAGCUUUCUCCUAAUUUGCUGUUUGAGCAUUUAGCUUUGGAUUUAGUGAACAUUAUGGGGUCAUUACUCAUCGUAAGAUCUAACCAAAUAUCAGAUUCACUAACUAACACUUCAACGCACUUUCAGUAUGAACUGGGUGAACCAAUACUCUCUUUUGGUAAUUCUUUCACUGAUCACAACUAACCAUCAUCAGAUUACUGACCAAGCCUAAGCACUGAAUAAUAAAUAAAAUUGAACCACUUGUAAUUAUAAUAGAGAUGUUUUUGUUGUAUCCCGAUGAGUAGGAAAAUUGUGUUUCUGACGUUUCAUGGCUCAAUGUAAACCACUUCUUCAGAGUAAAUGAAUAACCGACAGAAAAAUUAUCAGUUAUUUAUUAUUAACUCUCUACCCAGUGCUCAAUUUAUUUGAAACUAUCAAGUCCAACCUUACUAUUGAUACCAUUUGUCGUAAUGUAACAAAAUAAUACAUAUCACGCUACUUUGUGCCACAACAAAAACAUUUUUCAUCAUAUAUGGUUCAUUUGGGAUUAUUUCCGUAUUUUGAUUAAAUUUCAACAUUGAUAUAGCUUUGAACAACAUUUUAGGCGGAUGCUUUAUAUUUGGUAGGUGUAUGUCUGAAUAUCACAGCUACCUUAAACAACUGUGGAUGUAAUAGCCAACUCUGCAUUCUAUAAUUUCUAACUCCACAAAAGAACCAAUAUUUUCAGCUCUACGCCGCUUACAUUAAAUCAAGCAGAUGGAUAGAUUUAUUUGAACUAAGUACCUAAUCUCAAUGUUAUUCAGCUUCACUAUCUUUUCAUACGAACAAACCAUUAUUACACGUUUCGCAUCCUUAAGCUCCGGGGUUGCUAGUUAGAUCAUGAGCAGUGACAAAUGUGUCAUUUAGGAUAAAAUCGACUGAUGUUAGUAUAGCAUGGACUCAAAUCAUCAGAGCGAAAGUGGGUAGGUUUAUGAAGAGGCCCCACUGAAUCAAUAUCAAUCAUUUUAUUCUCAGACUGCAGCUCACAGAUUCACUAAACUAAAAACUAUAUCAUAUCCAGAUUCAAUAAAAAUGUUCUAUAUGAUCUGGAGCGUCAACAGGUAAAAUUUCCGUCCUGAUUUAUAAGUCAGCGUAUUCUGUUAAGUGGAAAUGCAUCAUAACUUUAUCAAUCUCUCUUCAAGUCUAGACUUUUAAAUGUUUAUUUAAUUCACUAAUAAACUUCUUUGUUAGUACUUUUUACUCAGUUUAUUUACAUAAAUGUUUCUUUGUUUCUAAAUUUCAUUUAUUAGAUGUCGAGUAAGUGAACCUUCAUUGUUAUGCAAAAAUAGGGAUAGAUGAUGAUAGAAAAGAGGGAAAUGAGUUUUUUGUAAAAACAUGUAGUUAGUGUUCAAUAUUUGGUAUUUAAGCUACUCAAACAAACAAGUUUCUUCUAAACCAACAUCUUAGACGAUUAUUUAGAUAGAUUUAUCUCGUUUAGUGAUUCUUGCCAACAACCAUCUAAACAACUAACAAGGAAACAGGUUCGAAACUGUGCUUUUAUUAUUCAUUUAUUCUAAAAUGAAGUCAAUCAAAAGACAGCUUAUAGCUCUAAAGAUGCGGAAUCUCAUUAACUUACCUUAAGAUAUCAUGUGGUAUGAAUUUCUCUGAUAUUUUCGUAAUCUACAGUAAACGAUUUGUGAAAGAAGCACUCAUUUCACUAUUUGAUAUUGUAUCAAAUAUGCACACUUUUCAAAGAAUUUCAAGCUAAAUACCAACUCAGAUAGUUACACAAUGAAUCGUUGUUAAGGAUCUUGAAAUUUUUUUCCAAACUAUCACAUUCUCUACUCUUAUUUUGUUAUUGUUGUAGGAAUCAAGACAACCGGAAACUAAAAAGGAUGUUAGUGAUUGAUCAUUUAAUGAACAAACAUAUGACACACUGGCCGGAAAGUUUAAUUUAAAAAAAAGAAAAGAGUAUUCAUAAAAUAUCUUCAAUUUUGUCAUAAAAAUGUCUUGGUUUGUUAUCUUCCUUAGUUUUUGAAAGAUCUAUACAAAAUUCUAUCAAUCCGUCUCCAAUAAAUUUCAUAUUUUUGUGAUAAACUUUUCAAUCGGAACGUGAUAUCUAUUUUCUGUUGAAGACGUACAAAAAUCAAUUUAUAGAUUGUAAAUUUGUGUAUAUCAGAUACUUACAAGUUAAUUGCAAUAUUCAUCUAUUAUUUGUAAAUUUAAUUACAUUACUGUAAUUUAUCUAAAGUUAAUAUAAAGUUAAUUAAUUGGUUUACUAAUAAUGGAAUAACUAUAAACUAUCAGGAUAAUGUAUCACUCUUUAUCACUUCUUUGUAUAGUAAAUUAUGUAACUGACAAUUCAGUACUGUUAG